AUGAGGUCCUUCCAGAUAUUCAUACUGUGCGUCACGUUGUGCAUCACCAUCUCCGCUCAUCCUACAACCGAGGACGAGGAAGUACAGCAUCGUGUUGUUGGUGGUGCCGAUGCAGCGCCAGGUGCCUUCCCGUACCAGGUUUCACUCCAAGGAUUGUUUGGACAUUCGUGUGGAGGUGCAAUCGUUGACCGCCAGUGGGUACUCACAGCAGCGCACUGUGUUCAGUUCUCAGUGCCGAAAGUGAUGAAGGUGCUGGUCGGUACGACGCAACUCAACGCCGGUGGGCAACGGUACGGUGUGGAGAAGUUUUUCUCCCACAGUCGCUACAACCAACCGAAAUUCCACAACGACAUCGCACUGGUGAAGUUAAACGCGACGCUCGAGUACGGUGAGUUCGUGCAACCCAUCGCAUACUCCGAGCGGGAGCUGCCGGAAAAUGCAACGCUUAGGAUGACUGGUUGGGGAUUGCUGUCGACGGUCGGGCCCCUCCCUACCAACCUUCAGACGAUUGAAUUGAAGUACGUACCGUACGAGGAAUGUAGGCGGCUGCUCGAAGGCGACGUUGUCGACAUCGGCCAUUUGUGUACCUUGACGAAGGAAGGCGAAGGUGUUUGUUUUGGUGAUUCUGGUGGACCGCUUGCUUACGAUGGCAAGCUGGUUGGUGUCGCUAACUUUGCCGUCCCAUGCGCCAAAGGUUUCCCGGACGGGUUUGCCCGCGUGUCAUACUAUCACGAUUGGAUUCGAACGACGAUGGCUAACAAUUCAUAG